GAAUCGUCGUGAAUUUAGCGUCGUUAUCGACGAGCUUUCCAAGUGAGCUGAAUAUCAUAUUUGCAAUGUUCUCGAGCCCGAAAUGGUCGGUACAAUGUUCUAGAAGUUUUGGUCAUCGAGAAUACGUGAGACGCGUUCUGACGAAAUUUGUAUUAACGGAGUCGCUGGAGUUGCUUCAGUACGAAACUUAAGGAGGUACUAUGGCCUCGGCACUUGACCAUUCAGAGGAACAAGGAGAUCUUCAAGAUGCAGAAAGCGAGGCGAGCGAUCGAGAAGAACUUGUCGAGUUACAGCACAGAGAAGAAGAAUGGCAGCGAAUGUUGGACGAUUGGGCGGUGGUUGAGAUAAAUGAAGAUGAACGAAUUAAGGAGCUUUGCAGAGUCGGAAUUCCACCGAAGGUGAGACCACGAGCGUGGUUUUAUCUCUCGCAAGGUCACUCGCUACUGCUAGAACAACGAGCUCUUUAUAGACAGUUGGUCCAGGCAAGCGCAGAUCGGUACAUUAUGAAAGAAAUAGAUGCAGACAUCAAUCUGCAAUUCGCAGAUCAUCAGUGGUUUGGGACACACGCGCCUCGCCGACAAGAACUGUUUUCAGUAUUGAAAGCUUAUCACGGUUUGAAAGGCGUGUAUUGUCGUGCACAAGGCCAGCUCGCUUCUGUACUCCUCAUGCACAUGCCCGAGUUACAAGCCUUUUGGAGUUUUGUUGCGAUCAGCAAAUACCGUCUCUUUGAUUGGAAGGAUAAAGGUCGACGGAUGUUGCUGGAACAUGAACAAGUGACGGUUACUCUCUUAAGAAAAAUCUCGCCGGUUGCGUACGAGCAUCUUACAAGACUGGGAAUUGAUCCGAAGAUAUAUCUUAAUGAAUGGUUCUCGAAUCUAUACGCGCAUACAUUGCCUUGGGAAAGUUUACUGCGCGUCUGGGACAUGUUUCUCUGUGACGGAAACGAAGCUAUUUUCAAAGUUGCUCUCGUACUUAUAAAAAAUUGCCUUGGAAAUACAUCACUAACACAACGUUGUCCUACGAUGUACCACGUUCUCGAAAUUUUGAGAAGACCGCCCUAUAAUGUAGUCGAGGAAACAGCGUUGAUGAGUGAGGUCCGGGAAAUGGAUCUGGGCGAUCAGCUUCGCAAAUACGAACUCAUGAAGCGAUCACUCAAGAGACCAAGUGAGGCUUCGGGUUCAGGCAUUCAAACUAAAAGGGAAAAAGCGAAGGAGGGUGAAUGAGAGCUGCGUUGAACGAAACCGACGAAACGUCUGUUCUGUCAUCGUGGUUUAAAAAUCAUCUAAUUUGCUUUAUUUUUAUUGAAUUUAUCACAUGUUAUUUUUUACGGUACCAGUAAUCCUCGAAUUGUAAUCGAUUGUGAAAAAUCUUAUCUUUCGUUAUGUUAAUGGAUCGACGGAAAAUCUACUAAUUGUAGCGAAUGUUAUUAAAAGAAGAAUAAAAAUGAUACAAUCUUUGGCGCAAGAAUGUUUUGAUA